GCUGGGGGUGAGUGUCUGCUUCUGAUCACGUGGUCUUUGCAGCUGCUGAACCACAAGGAACAGGGCUCAGCCCAGUCGGGCAGCUCACCAAACAGCUGCAUCGCAGGAGGCAGACAAAGGGAAUCCACAGGACCUACUGGGACGUCACUGCCCGGAAAACGCCAAGCGCGAUUGGCUAGAGGAGAAGUCACGAGACGAGAGGAAAAAAUAUCCAGGAGUGUCCAGACAGUUUUCGAGCCUGCGCUUCAGGGAAAAAUGAGUGAGUCACUGGUUGUGUGUGAUGUUGAUGAAGAGUUAGUAGAAAAGCUGAGGAAGUUUCGAUUCCGGAAAGAAACCAACAAUGCUGCCAUUAUUAUGAAGAUUGACAAAGACAGACAACUUGUCAUUUUGGAUGAAGAACAUGAGGAUAUUUCUCCAGAUGACCUGAAGGAUGAACUUCCUGAGAGACAGCCCAGAUUUGUUGUAUACAGCUAUAAAUACCAACACGAUGAUGGGCGUGUUUCUUACCCUCUCUGCUUCAUUUUUUCCAGCCCAGUUGGGUGCAGGCCUGAGCAGCAGAUGAUGUACGCAGGAAGCAAAAACAAACUAGUUCAGACAGUGGAGCUGACCAAGGUGUUUGAAAUUCGGAACACGGAGGACCUGACAGAGGAAUGGCUUCGGGAAAAACUGGGAUUCUUCCGUUAGAGGUCCCUUGCAUAGCUUGACAUGGAGAUGACAGUGGCAGUAUGCGUGUUAUUGAAGGAAGAAAAUACCAUAGCCAGUGUCUGACUGCAUCUUUUCCAUAUUUGUGUGUGACCACAGUGCCCUGUAUUCCAGUCUCUUGUAUUUGCACUCUGCUCAUCUUUAAAGUGACAGCAGAAAUGUAAGAGUGCUUUUGUUUUUUAAUCCUUGAUAGGUUUCAGAAUAGAAUGAUGUCAGAACUGGAAGGCAUUGCAACUUUAUUUAAUAAACCACUGCCACUUGCCUUUUAAAUGAGAAAAUAAUAUUAACCUUUGCAGAUUUUUAAUAUUUCACUCCAUCUAAAGGUUGUGGUACCAUAGAGACUGGAAAAGUGCAGGUUGGUUAAGGGUCACUUUUGUUCCCUCCUCUGAGACCAAAAAAGAUCUUCUUCAUUCCCUGUCUGGUUAGAAAAAAUACAAAAACUGAUGCCA